UCAUUGUACACACACACAGUAUAUUGUCUAUGGAUGUCAGUAGCUGCGUGACGUCAUAACAGCGCGACCCGGAAGCGACACCCACGUGUCUCACUGCAGGAGGACGCAGGCAGAGUUGAGACCAAAAGGGAAACCAUCAGGAUGAGUUUUAUUGAAUACAGAGAGCUCAUUCAAGAUGGAGACACGGCGAUUGUCUUUCUGGGCCACGAUUCCAUGUUUCCUGUGACUGUGAAGCAUGGCAGCCAGACCCAGACUAAAUAUGGAGUUAUCAGACACUCCACGGACCUAAUAGGAAAGAAAUUUGGCUCCAAGGUAACCUGCAGCAAAGGAGGAUGGGUGUACAUCCUGUAUCCUACCCCAGAGCUUUGGACUAUGAAUCUUCCUCACCGUACUCAAAUCCUUUAUUCUACUGACAUUUCCAUAAUUACCAUGAUGUUGGAACUCAAGCCAGGAUCCGUUGUCUGUGAAUCAGGUACUGGAAGUGGUUCUCUGUCCCAUGCUAUCAUACGUACAGUUGCUCCCACCGGCCAUCUUUACACAGUAGAGUUCCACCAGCAGAGAGCCGAGAAGGCAUUGGAAGAAUUUCAGCAACACAAGGUGGACCACCUAGUCACCGUGAAAAACCAGGACGUGUGUAAAAGUGGAUUUGGAGUGUCUCACGUUGCAGAUGCUGUAUUCCUGGACAUCCCAUCUCCUUGGGAGGCCAUCGGUCAUGCAAAGGCUGCUCUAAAAACUGGAGGUGGGAGAAUCUGUUCGUUUUCUCCUUGCAUAGAGCAAGUCCAGAGAACCUGCCGAUCCCUGGAGGAACACGGAUUCACCGAUAUCAACACCUUAGAAAUUCUCCUACGAGUGCAUGACGUGCGGACUAUUAGUAUGCAAAUUCCCGAUCUCGGGAAACCUUUUGGGGACAGAGCGAGUCCAGCAUCUGAUGGCAACGAGGGGUCCAAACAGAUGUUUGCCUCACAGCAUCCAUGUGAAACAUUCAAAACUGGAGUUCCACCCAGAGAAACAGUGGGUCACACAGGGUACCUGACCUUCGCCACCAAGAAUUUAUUUUAGAAUUUUCCCUGUAGACUGUACAUCUCGCACAAGACAAACCCAUAUAUAGCCACGCUUCACUCAAGAAUGUAUUUGUAUAAACACCAGGCAUACAUAGAGCUGGACUGGGUUUGCGUUUUCCACCGAUGCAAAAUGACAAGUGUGCAUGUUUAUCUGUCAAAAUGUGACAAUAAUAAAACUCUUUACCAUCAUGUCGUAGGUGAUCAAUAAUGGAUAAAAAGGGGAUCCGCUUUUUGAAACGGUUACUGCAUUUGUUGCAGCAGAAAAAUUGCUUUU